GGCUUGAUUCAUCUGACUUUGCUAAUGGCUCUUAAACUCGAUAACUAACUUGCGAUGGCCGACGAUUGACGUUGACCGUUAUCGAUAUGUUGCCAAAGAUGGAGUCCUUGACGCGACCGCAGACCCGAUUAUCCGCGGCGUUAUCACAACCGACAAAGCUCAUGGGAAAGUACGAGGAGUUUGUGACGAAGAAUUCCAGCUCUGUUAGCCAAGUCGAAUCGGCGUUGCGAUCUCUGACGUAUAUUAUUCCUGGGCGAUUUCGAGAAUCUGAACUGGCUUCAGAAUCAAUCCAUUCUGGAGUUCAGCUUCUGUCGUUAUACCAUGACUCCCUCGUCGCCCGUGUCAUUUCUCGCCUACCUCUCACCGUACCCAGAUCCCCUCCCACUCCUCACGCACGGUACACUAAAUAUUGGACAUCCAGCUCAGCCCUAUAUCGCCGAGUUGCGCUUGUUCUACAAAUGAUUAAAUACACGGAAUUGCUAUGGGAAAUGAUUGCGCGGCGUCGUGGCGAGAAAAUCCGGUGGCGCGUGGUCGUCCUUAUUGAAGGACUCAAGGCGUUCUGCCGAUUGAUUCUGCUUCGGUUAACAAAUUCGCGACCGCUGGUUAGUCCACCUCUGCCGGAGCGGGAAGUCGAUCCACGGCCGGCAGAGGAUGAGGACGAAGGGGGUGAUUGGAACGGAAUGGACACCCCGAAGAGUGAAGAAUCAUCCGAGACGAGCUGGACAAUGCCGAGAACGGGGUUUUCAUUGCCUAGUUUACCGGAUGCGAGCGAUGUUUCGAACUAUCUUAUCUCCAAGGUUCUCACAGCAGAUGAUGUCAAGCCACCAAAAACUUUGCUACAUCGCGUUGCUGGGAUGGGUCAGCUCGCGGAAGUUAUGUAUAUACUCCGCCCGCUGAUCUAUGCCCUGGCCUUGCAGAGAUGGAGCGGAAAGAAGAGCUGGACACCUUGCCUAAUUGGAUUUGGAAUAGAAUACGGAUGUAGACAGAUGGCAAAGAAAGAUUUCCGCGCCAGGGUAGCUGGAGGCUUACGGGGCUUGACCGGCCUAGAAAGGGAUGAGCUAAAGAAAAGAGGAUGGAGUAUGGGUUGGUGGAUAAUGAGAGGAGCUUUCUAUGAGAGCAUCACCAAACCCUGGCUGCAAGGCAUGACCCAGCGCAUGAAGGGCAAGCCGCUGCUUGACUUGGUGGGCAGCGUUAUCGAUGAUUAUGAAUAUUUGUGGGACAACUACUACUUUUCGACUGCCACUCUUUGAAAAUUGGCUAUUUCAUUUGUUCUUCGCUCUGCUUCUGGCUUGGCUUUAUAUGCAUUUAGCACGGUUGGGGAUGGGUUAUCCUUUCAAGGUUCCUCUUUACUUCUUUUUCUAGGUGUCGAUACCCUGCGGCAGUGGAGAGCUACUUGUGUGGUCUGGACUAGUUAAAGCUUCUAUCGUGGGUAUCAUUUUGUUAUGAGGUUCUAAUUAUCUACUGCGCAAUAGAUAAUGGGUUUCAAUUCUGUCGAGGUCAAAAAA